AUGAAGAGCUCUAAUGUUAUCGAGGCAGAGAUAACCGGGAAGAGCAAGAGCAAUGCCAUAAUGGAGGGCAGCCGCACCUCAAGUCUUGGCGCCUCCCUCUCCCCUGCUACACCUCUCCUUCUCGCAGAAGCUCGGCGCAGCCCUGCUGCGAUCAUUGAUGCAUCCACCACCACGCCGUCGUGCUGCUGGAUCUUCAUCAACCUCUCUUUCCCCUUGCUGGAUCAAGAAGGAGGAGACGUCAUCUGCUCCGCGGAGCUCGCCUCCCCCAACGACGACGGAUUCGACCGCAAGUGGAAGUGGGAGGCCAAGUCCAAGCCCGGCUCCGGCAAGGCCAAGACCAAGUGGGGCACCGAGAUCAAGGGCAAGGGCUCGCUCGAGCCAUGGUCGCACGCAUACACCUGGGAGGAGGACUUCACCGCCUCCGACGACGACGAGGACGAGGGCGAGUACGGGCAGAUUGAGGAGCGCAAGCCGGAGAAGAAGAAGAAGGAGGACAAGCCCAAGAAGAUCAAGGAGGAUGACAAGAAGAAGAAGAAGCCGGCGAGGACGUGCGUCCAGAUCGAGGAGAUCCCCGAGGACAACACCGCCGGCUGCGACGCCAUCCGCAAGGCCUUUGCCAUGGGGAACGGCAAGGGGAAGGCCAAGGAGCUGUCGCCGCAGGACGCCGCGCUGCUCAUCCAGAUGAACUACAGGGCGCACCUCGCCCACCGCUCCCAGGUGCUCCGCUGCCUGCGCGACCUCGCCGUCGCCAAGGCCAAGCUCAAGGAGCUCAGGUCCCUCUUCUACAACCUCUCCUACAGGCGCCGCCUCUCGCAUGACCACGAGGAGCGCCAGAGGUUCUCCGAGAAGAUCAUUGUCCUGCUCCUCACUGUCGAUGCGCUCGAGGGACCUGACUUCAUGGUGAGGACGGCAAAGAAAUCUAUGCUGGAGGAACUCGAGAGCAUGCUGGAGAUCGUGGACCCGCAGCCUCCAGGGAAGCAGAGGUCGUUCAGCCGCCGCAAGUUUGAUCUUCCGGAGGGCGGAGCGAUCCCGAAUGAGAAAACUGCGGGUGUGAACAACGCGGUCAGGGUCAUCAACACUGGCAAGGGCAAGCAGUAG